AUGAGCGCCGAUGAGGUGGCCGUGGCGGCAAAUGCGAGCGAAACUAGUGAUAUUGUGACUGUAGCAACGGCAAUGUUCGUGGCGGUCGUCGGAAUCAUCGUUGUCCUUGCCGAGCUCGGCCUCCCAGAAGAACAGCUUGAUGACGCUGAUCGGCCACAACUACGCGCUAAGCGACAAUACGGAUACGAUAGCUACGGAUGGGGUGGUGACUACUGGUACGCCGGGCGCAUCUUCGGCAUCAUUAUCGGCAUCCUGUUGCUAAUCUGCUGCUGCUGCGUGCCGCUGAUCUGCAUCUUGGGAGUGUGGUUCCUCGGCUGGUUCGGCAUCAAGCGACGUCAAGAAGCGAAGCGAAAAGGCUUCACCACGCAGCAAGCCCCUCCCACCACUGUCCCCCAGCCACAGAACGUGAUCCAGCUACACUCCGAGCCCCAGCCCAUCAUCCGGAACAUCCACACCCAUAGAACACGCUCCCAUUCCCCGCCUAGAACCUAUACAGCCACCCAAGUUCCCGCAGAGCAUAUCGUCUACUCAGCCGAAGACCGCUACUACACCUCCUCCACCUCCCCACGGCAUAACAGCCGCAUC